UGGAGACUGGACAAUGGCUAUUGGAUAAAAUCAUCCAACUACGGCCAACAACGCGGACAACCUCAGGCCCCACAAUCUCUUCACUUUAUUUUUACCUGACGUAAGGUCGAACCAUUUAUCGCCAUCAAUCCCACCUACACCAAAAAAACAUAAAACAACAAAUCCACCCAACAAAAACACGAAUCAAAAACAAAAUGAUCGACCGCACCAUCUUUGAAAGUCUCCAGUCCAAGAUCGACGAAGAGGCUGCCGUCCGCGAUGAACUCCAUGAGAUAGUACAGACGCUUGCUAGAAAUGGACGCUCCACAACGGCUAUUCUCUCUCGAGCUCAUUCCACCCCCUCAGAUCAGUUGAAACCUGUCCUCGAUGAGGCGACAAAGGAAAUUCUCGCCCAGAAAGAGCAAGUCACUCGGCUUAAGGCCUUGGCUGACAAGCACCCGUUCUAUAAAUAUAACGGCGUGUGGACUCGUGAACUGCAGAAUCUGGUAUCGUCUAUUGAGCUCUGUGCCUACUUGGGCGGGCUUGAGGAGUACAAGAGUAACAGUGCCGCGUCGUUCUUGACUAUUGAGGAAGUUGGGAAGUUUCUUGAUAUCCCCGUCAACCUUAAGGAACAAGAUGCGUUCCAUCUCACGAUCGAAGAGUAUCUGCUCGCUCUGAUUUCUAUGGUUGAGGAACUGUCUCGUCUUGCUGUCAACUCGGUCACUCUUGGUGAUUACGCACGGCCGGUGCAGAUUGGCAGUUUCAUAAAGGAUCUGUUUGCCGGGUUCCAGCUCUUGAACUUGAAGAACGAUAUCCUGCGCAAGAGGAGUGAUGGGAUUAAAUACAGUGUCAAGAAGGUAGAGGAUGUUGUGUACGACCUUUCUUUGCGGAACCUGAUCCCGAAGGGCAGUGAUAACGCUUAGUUUGUGAACGAACAAAAUCAUACGUGGAUUAAUGCAUAAUGGCGAUUAAUUUAUAAUCUCAUGACAUUAGCCUCAUGAUAGUGGGCUGGAAGUGCCCCGAAGGAAAAA